AUGUACCGAAUGGAGUGUGCGGUGUGUAUUUGUGACUUUAACGGGGGUGAGCUGGUUCGCUCUCUGCCCUGCACGCAUCGGUUCCACGUCAGCUGCAUCGACCACUGGCUCGCGGAUAGGACUACCUGCCCCGUGUGCCGAGUAGAUCUCAAAGUGACAGCAUCGGAUCCACUUCACUUAUACGAAGACAUGAUGGGGGAUUCUAGUAAAGAACGUAGUACCUCUGAUGCUGUAGCUGCGGAACGUUCCGUAGCCGGCGGCGCGGUUGGCGAUGUGGAAUCGCAGGAAAAGCCGCCAGAAGCACGAAGUGCUACCGAGUUGAAACAAGGAAUCAUUGUUGCAGCGAGCAGGGAAUGCACAGUGUGCCUGUGUGACUUUAGAGAGGGUGAGCUGCUUCGCUAUCUGCUGCCCUGCGAGCAUCGAUUCCACGUCAGCUGCAUCGACCACUGGCUAGCCGACAAGACCACGUGCCCCGUGUGCCGAGUAGAUCUCGAAGUGACAGCAUCGGGUGUGACUAAAGAGAGCGGAACAAUAAACGAGGUGGAGGGAAGCGGGGCGGUGUGA